AUGGCCUCUGUUGACACCCAGUGGGCCAUAAAGUCCCUUCUUCAGCUCAGCCAUCAUCAUCUCCGUCACAGCGCAGCGACAGCCUUCUCGUCGCCAUCGUGUCUAGUGCUGCCAGCAUCGACGUCCUUCGGGUCUGCCGCCAAGGCGGUGCAGGUGACGGCGAUGCCGCGGCUCAUGCGAAAGUCCUGCAAUCCAUCGCAUGUAAUACUCCUCGCCAAGCGGCCGAGCGGGAUUGCAGGAGUGACCCUUAGGCAGGGCAACCGGGUAUCGUGGACUGGUCUGCCUGCCGCCGAAUCAUCGCCGGCGCCUGCCCCGUGCUCACGGAAGACUCGUCUUCUAGCUUCUUACCUCCAGCGGCGCGGCUUUGCUAUGAUACCUCCCGUGGCCACCGAAGCGCGCUCGUCGUCUCCGCAAUUUCGAUCCGUAGAGAGGCCGAUGCCACUGCUGCUGCACACAAACCAUCUGAUUGGCUGGAAGCUGAACGACGCGUCGCCGGCGUUUCCAGUGUACGCGCACACCAUUGCCGAGCUUCAACGGUUGCGCAGCAGCGACGUGGCCGCUCUGCGGCCGCAGCACUGCCUCAUCGCCAACGAGUACUGCGAGUGGGACAACUGGCGGGAAGUGCUGGGCGAGCCGGGCUGGGACCUCUUCAGCGCUGACGACGCUGCAGUCGAGCGGCUCCUGCAGGACGGCCUCCCCGUUUCCACGAUAGAGAGGGAAGCGGGGCUGUACCCGGUCGAGGUGCUCUGA